AUGAACUACAAGGAACCUCACACCCACACUGUCCCUUGGAACGCGAAGGCUGUUCUACUAUUCGCCAUAUUCGGUUUUAUUGCCGUGUGGCUGGCUUCGAAAGCCCCUUUACUCGCUCUGAGAUCUAUCUGGCGCUCCAUAACCACCCUGCUCCCAUCGACGCCGCCGAAGGCAUCUCGCGAGAUGAAGAGGUUUACGACUCGGCGCUCGGCGCGUCGGGACGCAAAUCUUCCCUCAGACUUGGCCGCUCGCCCGCUCAUCCACGCGGCCACUUGGCAUUGUCCGGAUAUGCAUGCCCAUGGGCCAUCGACGAACGCAGGUGUCUUUAGGGCUAGUGCACAAGCCCCAGGAGAGUCCGGGGGCACCCUUCAACAGUCGAACCGGAUCAACACACCGACUACGCCUCCCAACACCGGACCAGGUGGACUAGAGAUGCCGGCGUUAUCUGGCCCAUCUUCAAACGUCCAAGCUCCCGAAACGCCGCAGGUCCAUCCGUAUACCCCAGCGUGGAUCUCCGCGGCGGAGCGGAAAGGCAGCAGUCGACCGCUUCCCACGGCUGACGAUCUAUUACCGACGAACGUGAAGGCCAAGGACGCGGUCUUGACGAUGAUUCUCAAAGAGGGCGAGCACACUCACGACGUCACGUACUACCGAUCAAGCGGCACCGAACCGCUCUCUCAUCCUAGCAUAUCAACAAUUGGUCGGCCGGGCGACACAUUCGUACAUCAUGUGCUGGACGUUCCGACCACAGUCUGGUACAGAAAUACCAAGUUGGAAUGGGAGGUCGCGGACGAGGUUGCGCAGAGAUAUCCGUACCUUGGCAUGGAGAUAUACGACGAGCGUACGCGGUAUGUCCUGAACGUCCGCGAUGAUGGGUUUGCGACGUGGGUCCAGAACAGGACUGCGAAGCGGUACGAGGCUGCCAAACGACAACGAAAGGCGGAUGUCACCACGGGAUAUAAGCUGGCUCUCAAGCACAUAAACCGUUUUAUUUUUAAAAGUGUAGGACUGUCCUCAGGGGCAGUCCUCACUGAUGACGAGAGUGACGAGAUCACGCGAGGAAAAAGAAAGCAGGCGGUCGCAGCGAGCGAGGACGAGAACGAGGACGACAUGUCUGAUGAAGAGACGCUCGGAGAGGAGUCGAGAGCAAGUAACUGA